CAACGCAACGCACACAAAACAAAACUCUUUUUUUAUUCACAUUUUAGGGUCUCUUUCUCUCUUAUCUUUAAAGCAGUAGCAGUGAGAGCACAAGAAACGUCAUCGAUGGCGUCUCAGGCUGCGAAUCUAUGGGUUCUUCUUGGUUUAGGACUCGCUGGGAUUCUUAUGAUUUCCAAGAAGCUCAAGAAGACCGUCCGUGAAGAUUUCGGCGCUUUUCUCGAUAAACUCUUGCUUCUUCCUCCUCCCCCACCUGCUCCUCCCAAAGCUCCUCAUCCACUCACCGGCCUCACUUUCGCCGUUUCCGACUUAUUCGAUAUUACAGGCUACGUGACUGGCUUCGGUCAUCCAGACUGGGUCAGGACGCAUGAAGCUGCUUCUUCAACUUGUCCUGUGGUUUCAAUUCUCGUUGAAGGUGGAGCCACCUGUGUUGGAAAAACUGUAGUUGAUGAACUUGCGUUUAGUAUCAGUGGAGAAAACAAGCAUUACGAUUCUCCUACAAAUCCUGCAGCUCCUUCUCGUAUUCCUGGUGGCGCUUGCAGUGGCGCUGCUGUUGCUGUAGCCACUAAAGCUGUGGAUUUUGCGUUAGGCAUCGACACAGCUGGCGGGGUAAGAGUGCCUGCAGGAUACUGUGGCGUUCUUGGAUUCAAAUCUUCUCAUGGGACUAUUUCAAAUACAGGAAUCAUACCAGCAUCUUCAAGUCUUGACUCUGUUGGAUGGUUUGCCCGCGAUCCAAUCACCCUACAUCGAGUUGGCCAUGUACUCUUGCAACUUCCAUUUGCCACACAACGGAAUCCAAGGCAAAUCAUACUAGCCGAUGACUGUUUUCAGCUGUUAAAGAUCCCCGUGGACCGGAUUACCCAGGUGGUGAUCAAAUCAGCUGAAAAGCUUUUUGGAAGACAAUUGCUGAAGCAUCAGAACUUCGAGAACUAUAUUGAAACUAAAGUUCCUAGCUUGAAAGAGUUUGCUAGGACAAAAGCCGUUGCUAAGGUCCCAACAUCUAGACUACUAGCGAAUGCGAUGCUGCUUCUUCAAAGGCACGAGUUUCUUCAAAAUCAUGGGGAUUGGAUCAACACAGUGAAGCCAGCUAUUGAUCCUGUGAUUUCGUCACAAAUGUGUGAGAACCCAGAACUAACCAGUGAAGAUAUUGAGAACCUGAAUGCAAUCAGAAACGAGAUUCGAGUGGCUAUUGGUUCACUUCUCAAGGAUGAUGGCAUUCUGGUUGUUCCAACAAUGCCAUCUGUUCCUCCAAAACUUGGUAGCAAAGAGAUAACCUCUGAGGACUAUCAAAAUCGAGCUUCAAGUCUGCUUAGCAUUGCUAGCAUUUCAGGAUGUUGUCAGGUGACUGUGCCGCUCGGACAUCAUGAAAAGUGCCCUGUUUCAGUAUCUUUCAUAGCAAGACACGGUGGUGACCGCUUUUUACUAGAUACGGUGCAGACAAUGUAUAAAUCUUUGCAAGAGUACUCGGGCAUUGUUGCUGAUCCCAAAUCUUCUAAAAAGACUAUCACGCAAGAAGAGUUAGCCGAGAUUGCGAAAGAGAAGGGGAACCAAGCAUUCAAAGAGAAACAAUGGCAGAAAGCUAUUGGUCUAUACUCGGAAGCUAUAAAGCUAAGUGACAAGACUGCUACCUAUUACAGUAACAGAGCUGCUGCAUAUCUUGAAGUUGGAGGCUUUCUUCAAGCCGAAGAAGACUGUACGAAAGCAAUCACCCUCGACAAGAAGAACGUCAAAGCCUAUUUACGAAGAGGAACCGCAAGAGAAAUGUUAGGCGAUUACAAGGGAGCCAUAGAAGAUUUCAGAUACGCACUUGUGCUGGAACCAAACAACAAACGAGCGGCUCUAUCAGCAGAGAGACUGAGAAAAGCAUUCCAGUGAGAUAGCUUCUUUUGUCCGUGGCUCACCGAUUAUUGAGAAAAGAAAACGGUUUGUUCCUUAGAAUUUUCUCCCAAGAGUAUAGGCCAAUUUUGUUACGCUUCUCUUUUGCGCCUGAUAUUUAGGCAUUCUUAUCUAGUAGAUACCUUUUGCAAGUCUUCGCCGGAAAUGGAAAUUAUAUUUUCUA